ACCCUACCCGUCGCCUUGUCUACCUGCCGAUCCCUCAUCAGGUACCUCAGAGAUGGCAGCUACACGGCAAAAUGCUUUCCAAGCCCUCGAUGAGGCAAAGUUUGGUCGCUCUCAUGUGCGCGCGGUCUUGGUGUCUGGUGUCGGUUUCUUUACUGAUGCCUACGAUAUCUUCAUUAUCGGUCUUGUUGUGCCAAUGAUCGGUUUUGUAUAUUUCCAAGACAAUGGCGGCAAAGUCCCUACGUUCCCUGGGUCCAGUAUCGAUUAUGACGGUCUUAUUAAGGGUGUUUCCAUUUGGGGUACUCUCCUUGGUCAAUUGGUCUUUGGUAUUCUUGGUGACAAGUUGGGUCGUAAGAAGGUGUAUGGUGUGGAGUUGGGUAUUAUGAUUGUGUCUACCAUUGGGUGCUGCUUCGCGUCCAACACUGCCCGUGGUAUCGGUAUUCUUGCUAUGCUCGGUUUCUGGCGUUUCUGGCUUGGUUUCGGUAUCGGUGGUGACUACCCCGUUUCCGCUAUCAUCACCUCAGAGUUCGCCACUGUCAAGAGGCGUGGUCAAAUGAUGGCCAUGGUCUUCUCCAUGCAAGGAAUUGGUAUCUUGCUCGGAGCCCUUUUCGCCUUUAUUGUUCUUGCCUGCUUCAAGAGUGCGCUCACCGAUACAUCAGACCCUCAAGCUUACCUCUACUUUGACUACGUGUGGCGUAUUUGCCUUGGUCUUGCUGUCAUUCCCAACUUGUGCGCUAUUUACUUCCGUCUUACCAUCCCUGAGACACCCCGUUACACCGCUGCCAUUACUGGAGAUGCCGAAAAGGCUGUUCGAGACUCUGAGAGAUUUGUCAACGGAGGUGCCGACACUACUGGCAUGCACACCCCAGCCACUGGCGCUGUCGUCCCCGCAAAGAAAUCCAACAGUUUUGCCGAGUUCAAGGCAUUCUUUGGAAAACGGGAGAACUUCAAGCUCCUUUUCGCCACAUCCCUCUGCUGGUUCUGCCUUGACGUUGCCUUCUACGGUCUUUCCCUCAACAACUCUGUCGUCAUCAGCAACAUCGGGUUCAAGACCGACAAACACUCGUCGCCAUACGAUGUUAUCCACGCCCAGGUCGUCGGAAAUGUUAUCAUUGCGUUCUGUGGAACGGUUCCAGGUUACUACUUCUCCGUCGCAUUCAUUGAGAAGAUGGGCAGGAAGAAGAUUCAAUUGAUGGGCUUCGCCAUGUGCACGAUCAUCUACGUCGUUUUGGCUUCUGCAUACAACAAGAUCCUCGAAACUAGCACAGCUCUUUUCAUCGUCCUCUACUCUCUCGGCAUGUUCUUCAAGAACUUUGGAGCCAACAUGACCACCUUCAUCUACCCUGGAGAAAUCUUCCCCACCCGCUUCCGAUCCACUGCGCACGGUAUCUCCGCUGCUGCUGGUAAGGCAGGUGCCAUUCUGGCCGCUCAUGGUUUCGCGAAAUGGAAGGCAGACCUUGGGCUUGACGGUACCUUGGGUGUGUUGGCGGGUUUCAUGUUCAUUGGUUUCUUGACAACUUUCCUUUUGCCUGAAACGGCCGGCCGUAGUCUUGAGGAAAUUAACAACGAGGGGGUAUAUGACCCAGAACACACACAUGGCGAGAAGGAGCGGGAUGUAAUUGAAGUAAAAGCCUAAUGUAUAGACUGGUCUCUAGCCAUCUUCGCAUAGCUUGCUUGUAAAGUUGCCGCCGUAGAGGCAGGACUAUUGCUGCCAUGUUUGCCUUAUUAUCUUUUAAAUAAUUUUCCCUAGCGUAUAUUUGAGUCAGAAAUAAAUCCUCAUGACCCA